AUGGAGACGGACGGCGCUCAAGUUGCCAGCGACGAAUGCUGCGCUGCUGCUCAUGGGAAGAUUGAUGAAUCUUUUGGAGGCGGGCGCGGUUUGCAGGCGGGGCUGCGGCGAUCGAAGCCCCUGCAGGGGUGGCUGGUGCGGAGGCGGCGCCCGCGGCAGUCGACACGCGAUGUGAAAGGCGUCGACGGGGUGCGUGCUGAGGAUGGAAGAACAUCGAGCGGCGGCUGGGGCGAGCUACCCUUUGUGGUCUUAGAUGGCUUGAGAGAGGUUCUGGAAAGAAAGAAGCAAAGUUGCGACAGGACUGACAUGAUUAAAACCGCCCGGCUGAUAAACAGGCACUGGCGGCGGUGGGCCUCCGAGUCCAUCUCCAUUUUGUGCCCCUGGGGCGAUCUGCCACUGCUGGAGCUGUCAAACAGCAUCAUGAAGAAUUUUGUGGGUGUGCGGCACCUGAGGUUCGAGCGGUAUUGCGGUUCGCUGGAAAUGCAGCUGGCACCUGUGGGAAGAUUGCGGCAGCUCACCCACCUGGACUUGGGCUCUCACGCGCUCACCGAUGACGAUCUGCA